CCGGAGGUCUCAGCAUGUAGCCUUCGUCCACUCUCAUGAAGUUUGACCCUUCGGAUCGGAAGUUCCCGGAGCUACAAGCUCACCAGCUCGAAGAACUCCAAUCGGAAGGUCCAGUUUCUGGAGUAGGACUGAGGAAGAAACUCUCUAUCUCACAGAUACGCACUCGAGCUUCUCGAGCUGGUGAACUUGGAAUGAAGGCUCGAGAAAAGAAAAUAGCAUAGCUUCAUAUCUGCAGAGGUGCAGUGCAGAGCAGAGCACUAGGCAGCUCGAAGCUCUCGGCUGUUGUGGUUCUGAAGAGGAGGAGGGUUUUUCUGGUCUUCGUCCGUUUCCGUGGACAGGGUCACUGCGGCAGUGGGUUUUUUUAACGUGGAUUCAUGCACCAGGUGUCGAAAUAAGUCGGGUAUAGUUCAUUGGAGCCAAAUCGGUGACACCUUCAGCUUCAUCAGUUGAUUUCUGCAGCUCACGAAAGGAUCUGCGAUGGAAACAGGCAGGAUAUUAUUAUUGUCGUGUGUUUUUGCUCUGCUAGUAUGCUAUUCAGGUACUGGGGUUCGAGCGGCUCCAGUGAAAAUCACCUUCGACGGAUGCAAACCCGGCAGGGUCGGAUUAGGAACUGAUGGCCCACUGAUGCACUGCUGUCCGCCCAUGCCAAAAGGACCGAUCGUCGACUUCGUCCCCGUGCGGAACAUGUCCAAACCUCUGAGAGUCAGGAAAGCUCUGCAAUGUUUGGAAGGGGAGGAGCUGGAGAUUUACGUGCAGAAGCUGCGCAAGGGGUACGCGUUGAUGCGCGCAUUGCCUCUGGACGAUCCGAGAUGUCUGGAACAACACCGGAUGUGCCAUUGCGCCCACUCCACUGGCGCCUACACUUGUCAAGGCGUUGGUGUCGACAUUCACUUCGGCUGGCUCUUCUACCCAUUCCACCGAUUCUUCCUCUACUUCCAUGAGCGAAUCCUGCAACACCUUCUCGGCGACCCCGACUUCACCCUCCACUUCUGGAACUGGGACAACGCCGGCCAGGGCGGAUGCGGCAAGCCCGGCGACAUCAUCCCUCCCAUGUACGCAGAUCCCACCCAACAUUCCACUUUCCAUCACAAUCGCCACAAUAGAACUUACCACCCCGAUUUGGUCGUGGACUUGUGGGUCGAUGCUUGGAACGAAACGAGACUCCCCGGAGGAUUCAGCAAGGAAGUGACCAAGGCCAGGAAUCUGGAGACCAUGCACUGGGCGAUGAUCACAUUGAAAGAUGCCCCCGAGGGCUUCAGCGGGAGGGUGUACAGAGCUGGGUAUCCGAGAGUGACUCCCUACGUGGGCGCAGGGACUUUGGAAGUGUCAGCUCACGGUGCUCUGCACAAGUGGGUCGGAAUCGACAUGGACGACUUCUCGUUCGCUGCAGGAGAUCCGCUGUUCUACCCCCACCACGAGAACAUCGACAGGUUGUGGGAUGUUUGGCGCAAUCUGUCGCCCAACAACACUGUCCCCAACGACCCAGACUUUUUGGACGCCGAGUUCUUGUUCUACGACGAGAACAUCGUCCUCAGAAGGAUGAAAGCCAGACACGCGCUGGACAUGAGCGCCUUCGGCUACGAGUACGAAGAUGUGCCCAAUGUCGAGUGGCUGACACAAGGGAAGGGUGACGCGGGAGUUGCCCCUCCUGCUGAUGAGAUGCCACAACUUGCCGAAGACCUCAGCGAGCUGACUCUUUCCGAUGGAUCGGAGAGAACAUUUUGACCACGUACAUUGAGUGCUGUCGCUUUAUACGAGCUCGGGAUGGUUGGAGGAUUUGGUUUGAGCCGUAUACAUUGCAGGAGUGUGAGGUGCUGCACAUUUCUUCGUUCUCUCGUUGUAUAAGCAUGAAUUUUUGACUCAUAUAUUCGAAAAUGGAAGCUGGAGAAUAUCCCACUAAAACCCCGUCGUAAGAUUCUGUGUAUAGGAGUUGCUCUUAAGGGCACCGAUUAGGAUAGGCAGUUAGUUUCGUUUGUAUACUUAGACGAUGAACCGAGUUUUGACGAGCGCUAGUGAAAGUCAUGUGUCCCGGGUCGCUCACCACCUGGACAUCUGACAAGGAACAUGACCUUGUGCCAUCACCAAGGAAGAAGAGGUCAGUGGAGGGGAGGCAGCCUUCGGGCUUGCAAGCGGAGCUGAGUGGAUCGACUGUCACAUCUGUGGUCCGAAAUCUUGAUAUUUAGACAAGCGCGUGGUGAAAACUACAUAUUCUUUUACAUUAUUAUGGGAUUCUAGCUACCGGCAAAUUUCAAUUGCGACUGUACUAUUUCCUCUGAGAUAUUUCAUGGCCCCUC